UCUCCACCUUCCAACAAGCUCCUGCCAAGGUGCUGCAAUGAUGAGGAUCGCUCUGCUAUUCACCUUCCUCUUGGCUUUACUCACUAGCACCAGGUGUGCCGUGAUCACUGGGGCCUGUGAGAGGGACUUGCAGUGCGGACUGGGCUCGUGCUGUGCUGUCAGCCUGUGGCUCCGGGGUCUACGCAUGUGCACCCCGAGAGGGAGAGAGGGGGACGAGUGCCACCCCUUCAGUCACAAGGUGCCCUUCUACGGGAAGAGACAGCACCACACCUGCCCAUGUCUGCCGCAUCUCACCUGCACCUGGGUUAUGGACAGCAAAUACCGCUGCUCUGACAAUUUUAAAAAUAUAGACUUUUAAAUAAUGAGAGAGAGAGAGAGAGUAUGAAACAUAUUUCACUGUUGUUGUAACAAGGACAAAAUAUAUAUACAAAACUAAAAUCAAAUCAUUGCAUAGCCAUCUGAUCAACUUUAUUAUACUAAUGCAGCACUAGCCUAGAUAAAGGGAACUGGAGCUACAGCUAAGGCCAAAAGAAUUUUACCAUCGAGACAUAAUUCUUAUAUAAAGAUCUUUUAUUACACCAUGUAAUCAAAGAAACUACAAAAUGAUGCCAUGAAAAUUCUACCAGAAGACAUAAUGGAGACCCUUUCCCGCUAACAUUGUGGAUACAAAAAAAAAAGAAGGCAAGAUAUUUUUAAGUUGACAUAUUAAAUACAUACUUCAGUAAGGUCUGUUGCUGUACAGCCUAGCCCUGUUCCACGCUGUGUCUGUAAACUUAACCUGUUCCUGACUGGAAUGCAUUGCACAGGGCCGGACAUCCAGCAUGCAUCACAUGUGUUUACAUUG